AUGGCAGAUCCUAUUGGCAUAGCUUCUGGCCUGGUAGCUUUGAGUGCUUUCGCAUUUCAAUCCAGCGUUGCCCUUUUUAACUCGGUUCAAAGCUACCAAUCUCAUCCGAAGCGGGUACGCGACCUGAUAGAGGAGCUCGAAGCACUGAAUGGAGUGCUUGGCGCUCUUGGAGAGACCGUGAAUGGGAACUCCAAUGCAAAACUUGCUAGUCUCGCGUAUCCCCUCCUUCGAUGUGGAAAUUCUUGCAGAGACUUUGAAGAGGAGCUCAAGAAGUGCUCGGCACGAUCUCGCACCGGCAAAACGAGCUUCCGAGACUGGGCCAAAUUAAAGUACAUGGGCGAAGAUAUUGAUGGUUUUAGACGAAUGUUGGCUGGCUAUAAAUCAACUAUCAUCAUUGCCCUCACUGAUGCAAAUAUCCGACAAUCCUCCAUCGCAGCUGAUAGCCUUGAGAGCUACAAGGAAAUGAUUGAAACUACCACCAAUGAUCUCGAAACUCAGCUAGAAGGCAUUGAUGAAAAGCUCGAGAAAAUUCUUGCCAGGAGUUCACCAGACUCAAAAACGGAGGAUGGGGAAAUUCAGCUCAUGGAAGAGGAACGUUUGAGCACUCAAAAAUGUCUCGAGAUAUGUGCACAGCUAUCGAGUCACAUUGAUCAAAUUCAACAAUCACGUAAAGCUCGUGACAAAUCCACCGAGUCUGUCAGUUCGAGCAGCGUACCGGAAAGAGUCACCAACGACGGAUUGCAGGAAUGCAAAAAUAGCCUCCUGAACACUGCUGCGAAGCUGGAGAAUCAUCUCAAGAUACUGAUGGACCGAAUUGUGACCAAGUCGAAAACAAGUAAAGCUUCUCAGGAUGACAUUACAGAACUCAGCAGGUUACAAGAAGAAUGGGAGACAACUCGUCAAUGCAUGAAUAUAUGUUCCAAGGCUGGAACCAAUCUGUACGAAAAUGCUAGUACGAUCGAUAACUAUGCCACUGGCGAUGCCGUUCAAUUUAUGGUCUCUACCAAUGAGAAGAUAAUCCAUGGCAAGAACCGUGGGUUAGGAUGGAGGACGAGGCAAGUUGGAGGACAUCUGAGUGAUGCAUCGCUUCAACACCUGUCAAAGGAUAUGACGAGGAUGGGUUUUGUGAAUAUCGACCAAAGGGGCUCACCUUCAGCAGAGCCUUUCAUGUCAGACGAAGGGUUGGAAGAUCAACCUUUAUCGGGUUUCAAGGAUCGUUAUGGCCAAGGCUUCAAGUUGACGACGGAGCAGUCGGUGCCUAAAACUUCGUCCACAACCCCACCAAGAUCGAACGAUCUCUAA